UACAGUGGACACGGCCCAGGCCCACGAACAGUACCGAAGCACACCUCCACCAGCCAGUCGCCUCCGACGCCGGCGCCUUCCCCUCUCUCCCCCACGAACUCCGGCAACCGGCGGCCACCCCGCGCCCCCGAUCCACCAGAUCCCUUCUCUCCCCCUCGACCGAUCCACGCGGGCGGCGACCCUCCGUAGCCAUGGCCAACACGCUGCGCCUGUACCUCACCUGCAUCCGCAACACUCUGGAGGCGGCCAUGUGCCUGCAGAAUUUCCCUUGCCAAGAGGUCGAGAGGCACAACAAGCCGGAGGUGGAGCUCAAGACUAGCUCUGAACUUCUGCUGAAUCCGGUGCUUAUAUGUCGUAAUGAAGCCGAGAAGUGUUUGGUAGAGACUUCAAUCAAUUCGAUCCGUAUAAGCUUGAAGGUUAAGCAGGCAGAUGAACUGGAAAAUAUUCUUGCAAAGAAGUUUCUUAGGUUUUUGUCGAUGAGGGCAGAGGCAUUCCAAGUGUUGAGGAGAAAACCAGUUCAGGGUUAUGAUAUUAGCUUCCUCAUAACAAACUACCACUGUGAGGACAUGCACAAGCAUAAGCUCAUAGACUUCAUUGUUCAGUUUAUGGAGGACAUUGACAAGGAGAUCAGCGAGCUGAAGCUGUCGGUGAACACACGUGGCCGGCUGGUGGCAACCGAGUUCCUAAAGCAGUUCAUUUGAUCUCGCUAUCCGACUUCUCAUCGCGGAAGGACCAAUUCUCCAUUGGGAGUUUCUCGGCCUCCUCCCUGGAGGUGUUGGCUGCUUUCCUCAGGGUAAUGAGCUUCUGGAGUACUGGUGCACCCGGUCGAUGACAAAUGCAAGGAAUAGUGUGUGUCCUGCUAGGAGCGAUGAGCUGUUAGAAGUGUGGUGCCAGGUUUAACUAUGAAUGUGUAUUCUACUCUACUUAUUGUUUGAUAGAGGACAAUAUAUUACUCCAUCCGUCCCAUAAUAUAGGAACGCUUUUAACACUAGUAUAGUGUCAAAAACGUUCUUAUAUUAUGGGACGGAGGGAGUAGUGUAUUAGACAUAUGGGGGAAAAUGGAGUUCUGCAUUCAUCAAAGUAUAUCCUUUAUGCCCGGAAAUAAUCUUUGGAGGUCCGUCUUCAUCAUUUUAGUUCUGAAUCUUCCUAUGUAUGAACUUUAAUUUGAAGGAAUAUUUGUGCACUUGUA